CUCUUUCUUCAUCACCCUUUCACUUUCUACUUAUUAGAUAUCUUGUGUAUUUAACUCUAGUUUUUGGUUUCGGUAGUGAACAGAAAAAAUGGUAACAGCUGCAAUAUUUAGAGCUGCUGCUACGGUGAUGCUGCUGGUUUUGAGCUUCAGCGCAUGCCAAGCACAGCUUUCUUCUACGUUUUAUGGUGACACAUGCCCCAAUGCACUCGGUACCAUUCGCACAUCCAUCAGAUCCGCCAUUGCAAGAGAACGUAGGAUGGCUGCAUCUCUUAUUCGGCUUCAUUUCCAUGAUUGCUUUGUUCAGGGUUGUGAUGCUUCAAUCUUACUGGACAAUUCCCCUUCCAUCACAAGCGAGAAGUUCGUAACUCAAAAUAAUAACUCUGUAAGAGGCUUUGAAGUUAUAGAUGAGGCUAAAUCUGCAGUUGAAAACGUAUGCCCUGGGGUUGUAUCUUGUGCCGACAUCCUUGCCGUCGCUGCCAGGGAUGCCUCUGAAUACGUAGGUGGUCCAUCGUGGACAGUGAAGCUUGGAAGAAAAGAUUCAACCACUGCAAGCGCCAGCCUAGCUAGCAGAGACCUUCCUCGUUUCGCAGAUGGUCUUCAAAGGCUUAUCGAUCUCUUUGAAAGCAAGGGCCUUAGUGAAAGAGACAUGGUUGCUUUGUCAGGUUCUCACACCAUUGGACAGGCGCAAUGCGUGACAUUCAGGGAUAGGAUAUACAGUAAUGGAAGUGACAUUGACGCUGGGUUUGCCAGCACUCGCAGACGCAAUUGUCCAGCUACUUUCCCCAACGGAAAUGGAAAUUUGGCACCACUUGAUUUGGUCACACCAAAUUCCUUUGACAACAACUACUUCAGGAAUCUACUGCAAAAGAAGGGUCUUCUCCAGUCGGAUCAAGUGCUGUUCAGCGGUGGAUCCACAGAUAGCAUAGUCAACGACUACAGCAGGAACCCUUCAACUUUCAGAUCCGAUUUCGCUUCCGCCAUGAUCAAGAUGGGAGAUAUCGAGCCUCUAACAGGUUCUGCAGGGAUCAUAAGGAGGAUUUGCAGCCGUGUUAACUAGUUCAAGUAUCUGUUUCUUUUCCUAUUCAUAGUCCUCUUUUAAGUGUUUAAAGUUGUUGUAAUGCUACUUUCCCAUACCUUCAUAGUUUUGUUGCAAGACCUCAGUAAGGAGGAUUUUGCAGCCAUUUUAUUUUUCCUAUACUUGUACGUUUAUAUAUGUAAUUUAUUAACGAGGAAGGAAAUGCCUAUGUCAAUUUAAAAUAAUUCUUUUUACAA